AUGGUCCCGCCUUGUCCCCAUUUGGAUCCAGAACUGAAACUCUGGCAGCCAGGACAUGAUGAAGAGAAUCGCGUGAACAUUAGCCAAGGCCAAAAGCUUCUCUUAUCUUCUUCUGCCACCGUUCAUUCCAUUGUCAUCACAAAUGGAGGAAAACUAGUGAUUAAAGAUAACACAGCCCCUAUUGUUCUGCGCACUCGUCAUAUACGGAUAGAAAAUGAUGGAGAACUACAUAUCGGGAGUGAGAGCUGCCCUUUCCAGAGCAGCCUGACAAUAAUCUUAUAUGGACGAGCUGAUGAUGGCAGCCAGCCUGACAGUUACUUUGGGCGAAAGUUCAUUGGCGUCAUUAACGGCGGGACUCUUGAAGUUCACGGUGAGCGAAAGCUAUCCUGGACUUUCUUAAACAAGACUCUGAAUCCAGGGGGAUUGGAAGAAGGGGGCUACUACUUCGAACGAAGCUGGGGGCAUCGCGGGAUCAUUGUCCAUGUUGUUGAUCCCAAGACUGGAGCGGUCAUCCAUUCUGAUCGAUUUGACACCUACAAACUCAAAAGCGAAAGCCUCCGCUUUGUGCAGUAUUUGAACGCUGUGGAGGAUGGCAUGAUCCUGUCGGUCGCGGUCAACGACGAAGGCUCCAAGAAUUUGGAUGACUCGGCCAGGAAAGCAAUGACCAAACUGGGCAGCAAACAUUUCCUCCACCUUGGCUUUAGGCAUCCCUGGAGCUUUAUUACAGUCAAAGGAAAACCUUUGUCCUCCGUUGAAGAUCAUGUUGAAUAUCAAGGACGCAAAGGCUCAGCUCUUGCCAAAGUAUUCAAAUUGUUCCAAGCUGAAAACGGAGAACGUUUCAAUGUGUCUUCAACCAGUGAAUGGGUUAAAGAUGUUGAGUGGACUCAGUGGUUUGAGAAGCCAAAAAUAUCAAAAUCCAAAGAUGGAGAGAGACUCUCAGACUUAAGAGCUGCUCACCCAGAAAUCUGCGAUCAUCCUGUGGAUCUCCAGGCGGUCACACUUGAGGGAAUGAAACUGGCAACUGAAGUCCUGUACAAAAAGGGCCAUGAUUAUAGGUUUUUCUGCCGCGGCCCAGAGCAGACGGAGAAAGGCUGUCAUAACUACAGAGUGCGCUUCUUAUGUGGCCAACCGGCAAGACCCAAGCUUACCAUGAAGGUAGAUACCAACGUGAACAGCACAAUCCUGAGGCUGGCUGACAAUGUGCAGUCGUGGAAGGUGGGAGACAAGAUCGUGGUGGCCAGCACUGAUUACUCCAUGCACCAAGCUGAAGAGUUUGAGAUCUUGCCCUGCAGAGCCUGCAAGCCCAAUGAAGUCAAAGUGGCAGGAAAAGCCAAGUACCUUCACACCGGAGAGAUACUUGAUGGAGUUGACAUGCGAGCGGAAGUCGGGCUGCUAACCCGGAACAUUCUGGUGAAGGGAGAGAUGGAGAGGAGAUGUUACAAUUAUAAUGCCCAUCUGUGCUCCUUCUUCGAUUUCGACACUUUUGGUGGCCACAUCAAGAUUGAGUAUGGAUUUAAAUCGGUCCACAUGGAAGGCCUGGAGCUGAAGCAUAUGGGCCAGCAGUUACUGGGUAACUACCCUAUUCAUUUCCACAUGGCUCAAGAUGUGGAUGAGAAGGGGGGCUACAAUCCUCCUACCUACGUGAAAGAUAUGUCUAUCCAUCACACCUUCUCUCGUUGUGUCACCGUGCAUGGCUCCAACGGUUUGCUGAUCAAGGACGUGGUUGGCUAUGACUCGUUGGGUCAUUGCUUCUUCACUGAAGAUGGGCCUGAAGUACGUAAUACCUUUGACCACUGCCUUGGACUUGUGGUGAAACCAGGCACUUUGCUACCGUCUGACCGGGACACCAGAAUGUGCAAGACCAUCACUGAAGAUGCUUAUCCAGGAUAUGUCCCAAAACCUAGACAGGAUUGCAAUGCCGUAUCAGUUUUCUGGCUGGCAAACCCACACAACAACCUCAUAAACUGUGCAGCUGCAGGAUCUGAAGAAACAGGAUUUUGGUUUGUGUUACAUCACGUGCCAACAGGACUUUCUGUCGGAAUGUACCCACCUGGCUAUUCGGAGCACAUUCCAAUGGGCAGAUUUUAUAACAACCGGGCCCACUCCAACUACAGAGCUGGAAUGAUCAUUGAUAAUGGAGUUAAAACAACGGCAGCAUCAGCCAAAGACAAACGGCCAAUCCUGACUCUGAUUUCUGGAAGAUACAGCCCACACCAGGAUGCUGAUCCUUUGAAGCCCAGAGAGCCAGCUCUGAUUCAGCGGUUCAUCGCUUACAAGAACCAGGACCAUGGAGCUUGGUUGAGAGGAGGAGACGUGUGGCUGGAUGACUGCCAGUUUGCUGACAAUGGGAUUGGCCUCACUCUGGCUAGUGGGGGAACCUUCCCGCACGACGACGGAUCAAAACAAGAAAUUAAAAAUAGCCUUUUUGUGGGUGAAAGUGGAAAUACAGGGACUGAAACAAUGAACAAUAACAUCUGGGGACCUGGAGGAUUAGACCACAGUGGACGGACUUUACCCAUUGGACAGAAUUUCCCCAUCAGAGGCAUUCAGUUCUAUGAUGGACCAAUCAACGUUCAGAAUUGCACUUUCCGAAAAUUUGCUGCACUGGAAGGCCGACACACCAGUGCUCUGGCUUUCCGCCUGAACAACGCCUGGCAGAGUUGCCCCAACAACAACGUCACAAAUUUGUUCUUCGAAGACGUCCCGAUUUCCUCCAGAGUUUUCUUUGGAGAACCUGGGCCUUGGUUCAAUGGGUUGGACAUGGAUGGCGAUAAAACGUCCGUUUUCCAUGAUGUGGAUGGCUCAGUGUCAGAAUAUCCUGGGUCAUACCUUAUCAAGGAGGACAAUUGGCUCAUUAAGCAUCGAGACUGCAUUGAAGUUCCAGACUGGAGAGGAUCCAUCUGUAGUGGACGCUAUGCACAGGUGUACAUCCAAGCAUAUAAAUCCUCCAAUCUGAAGAUGAAAAUCAUCAAAAAUGAUUUCUACACACACCCUUUGUAUUUAGAAGGCGCCCUGAGUAAGAGUACCCAUUAUCAACAAUAUCAGCCUGUCAUCACUUUGCAGAAAGGCUACACCAUCCACUGGGACAAGGCAGCUCCUGAGGAAUUGACUAUCUGGCUCAUCAAUUUCAACAAGAACGACUGGAUCCAAGUUGGAUUUUGUUAUCCUAAAGGGACAACAUUUUCCAUUCUCUCAGAUAUUCACGAUCGCCUUUUGAAGAAAACCUAUAAAACAGGGGUGUUUUACCCAGCUCUUCAAAUGGAUAAACUUGAAUAUCGAUAUCCUACCAAAGGCUACUACUACUGGGAUGAAGACACUGGGUUGCUGUUUCUCAAACUGAAAGCUCAGCACGAGAAGGAGCCGUUUGCUUUCUGUUCCAACCGAGGCUGUGAACGCAUCAGGAUCAAAGCCAAUAUCCCCAAGCAAACUGGGACCAGUGACUGCGAAGCGCUGGCUUACCCAAAAUAUGCCGAGAAGCCAACCGUGGACGUGCCAAUGCCCAAAAAACUGCCCAGUGCACACAUGAUCAAGAAGGAUCAUUUUGUAGAGCUAAAGAUAGAGAGCUACAAGACCAAAUAUUACCAUCUCAAGGAUGACUUUGCCUAUAUCUCAGUUGAUGGCAAGUCAUUCUACCUUUCUGAAGAGGGUAUUCAAGUAGUCGUGAUUGAUGGUCACGAAGGAAAAAUUGUUAACCGGUUGAGUUUCAAAAAUAUUAUUCUACACGGAAUCCCAGCUCAGAUCAUCAAUUAUGUCAACAACAUUCAAAACAAUUCUAUCGUGGUAAUGACCUCAAAGGGAAGAUUUGUUUCAAGAAGUCCGUGGACCAAAGUGCUGGAGACCCUUGGAGCAAAACCCGGUUUUAAAUUGAAAGAUAAGAUGGCUUUUAUCGGCUACAAGGGCAGCUUCCGGCCUUUCUGGAUCAAGCUGGAGACCGAUGAGGACGCCGUGAGAAUCUUCCAAGCGCUGCCCGUUCCUGUGGUCAAGAAAAUGAAACUCUGAGGAAGCAUCUCCUCUUUCGAAAUGCCCUCCAGAGAACAAGGAUGAGAGGAAUGGUGGCUCCUCUAAGGUGUAAUAUAUUUUGUUGCUGUACAUAAGAGAGAAGAUACUGUAAAUAAGCCUCCAGCUUGAACAACCAACAUUCCUUAGCCAAAUGAGUCUACUUUGGUUUGAUCUGUUUCGAUUACGAACAGAUUCUCUGACUUGCCAGCAGGUUGAGGGCCACAAAUAUUUUCUUUUUUAAUGGUCUCCUCUCAUCUCAUCUCCUUUCUAUGAAGCCACCUUGGCCGCCUCAUGAUUGAUUCGUGGAUCACUGUGGUCCUGAAUUAAUUGGACAUACAGAAAAUGCUUCUUCUUCUUCUUCAAUUCAACCUUUCACUCAUCUUGAAUGUUCAAAUGCAGACUCAGGAAACGAAUCCCAUUUUUACGUGGUACUGCUGCCUAUGUAAAUAAGGACAUGUAAGCUGAAGUCAAAAGGCAUAGCUGAGCAAGACCAAAUGUUCAGUAUUGCUAGGCUGGCCAACGGGCACCGCAAAGGGUGGGCAAGAGAGGGGAAUUUGUAUAGACGGACUUCCAUGCCUCAUUCAAAUACUAGAAUAGACUCAAGCUCGCUAAUUACACUAAAGCUAUUGCUGAGAUGGUGGGAAAUCUCACACAAGAACAACAAUGAAGAUCCAGUCUUAGGAAACCGUAGUUUAUGAAACAAUUACUCUGAAUGUACGGGAUAUAUUUGGCUAAAGAGGAACUCCUUGCCAGUGAUGGUUAAAACCUUUUCGGCAUCAAGUGCCGAAACUGGUGCGAGCAUGUAUGCAUACCAGAGCGCCGGAACCUGGAAGAAAGCAGCUGGCUGGUGUCCAUGCAUGCGACAGAACCUGGAAGAGCAGCUGGCAAUGGUGCGCAUGCCCACAGAGAAAGCUCUGUAUGCCACCUCUGGCACAUGUCAUGAGUUCACCAUCACGACUCUAGCCUGUUCCUAGCCUGAAAGAUGCUACUUCUUCCCUCGUACUCAUAUUUAAUAACUGAAACUAUAUUUUGCUAUAGGCAAACAGGGUUAUGUAUAUCUUCCCUGCCCACGCUUCCUGGAUCAGAAACCUUCCAAUCUCAGCAGCCAUUGAGCGGGAAUAUUGUACGAUAACGAUAGUCCUUAAGGGCAGCUUCUCCCGCCUCUGCCCUUCUGUACAGGUAGUCCUCGACGUACGACCACAAGGGAGCCCAAAAGUUCCAUCGCUAAGUGAGACAUUUGUUAAGGGAAUUUUUGCCCCGUUUCACCGCCAUUCUUGCCGCAAAUUGUGAAGUGAAUCUCUGCAGUUGUUAAGUUAGUAACGGGUUUGUUAAGAGAAUUCGACUUUGUCAGGUCACAAAAGGGGAUCGUGUGACUCCAAGACACCGCAGCCGUCAUAAAUAUGAACCAGUUGGCAAGCAUCCCAGUUUUGAACACGUGAUCACGGGGGAUGCUGCAAUGGCCGUAAGCGUGGAAAACGGUUGCAAGUCACUUUUUUGGUGCCCGUUGUAACUUUGGCCACGAAACGAAUGGUUGUUAAGUCGAGGACUGGUUGUAACCUAAGAGUGACAUAUUAAGGUUUCUGACAUCCGACUGACCAUUUGCGUUCUAUGAACUGUGACUUUUUAAAAAUUAGAUCCAAAGUCAAGUUUUGUCUCUCUCCAGCCUACAUUGAACAGUCAGUUUUACAUGAUAUUUUGUUUUUUUUGUGAGUAUGUCAGUUCAAAUCUUUUACCCGAAAUAGCUGGUCCUUUUUCGGAACAAGAUGUAUAGCGUUUUGUAUAUUUUCUAAAAAAAAAAGAAAAUCCUGAGGGUGGGAAUGAUAUAUUUAUUUAUUGCAAAGGCACUAAAAAGGUUAUAAUGGAAGAGA